CCUCCAGUGAUUAUGAGGUUCUUCCUUGGAGUUAGAUGAGUUCAGGCCGCCGAGAAGUUUGAAGUGGAAACUCCUUUGAAGCCUGCGGGGCGCACGGUCAACGCGGGCCAAGCCCUCACUCAGCCGCGAGACGACGCCAUCUUCGCCAUGGCUGGUCUGGCGCAGGACCACGUUUCCCAGAGUCCACAGCGGCACGGCGUUACGUCUCUCUUGACGUUGCGGCGAGAUCCUUAGCUCCGCAAGGACCCGGACGCGACCAGGGGAGGCAGAAGGAAUGUGAGACCCACUGAAACAGGGACUUGAUUUAUUAUCUUCCUCACAUCUAGAGCUGUGCUGGUUAAGGACUCUACACUUGUUCAAGAGAAGAAUUGAGGGAAAUUGGAGCAGGUCAGAUAGUUCUAAAAACAAUGGCCCAGAUUAUACACCAUCUAAGCAACCUACGUUCCCUUCCCUGAUCCUGUUUCUUGCAUCUAUCUCCAUCACCAUUUUCACCAAUGGGGAUUGGUGACAUUCAGGGAUGUGGUCAUAGAAUUCUCUCAGGAAGAAUGGAAGUGCCUGGAACCUGCCCAGAGGGACUUGUACAGGGAUGUGACUUUGGAGAACUUUGGUCAUUUGGUCUCACUUGGACUUGCCAUUUCUAAGCCUGAUGUCAUCUCCUUAUUGGAGCAAGGGAAAGAACCUUGGAUGAUUGCAAAUGCUAUGACAGGACUGUGGUGCCCAGACUUGGCGUCCAGGUGUGAGACAUUCCUACAAAAAGAUAUUUUUGAAAUAGAAUCGUUCAAUUGGGAGACAAUGAAGAGCUUUACAUACUGUGAUCUUGAAGGCCCCAGUUUUAAGGAUGACUGGGAAUGCAAAGGCCAGUUUGAAAUAAAUCAGGAAUGCUACUUCAAGCAAGUGAAAAUCACCUAUAAAAACACGCCUUCUUUCAAGCGUCACACAUCUCUCUCUCAUCAGAGCAAUGAGACUGGUGAGAAACUGAUCGAAUGUAAUGAAUGUGGGAAAGCUUUCAGCCGUGGCUCACACCUCAUCCAACAUCAGAAGACUCAUACUGGUGAGAAACCCUUCGAAUGUAAGGACUGCGGGAAGGCCUUUAGCCGUGCUUCACACCUUGUUCAGCAUCAGAGAAUUCAUACAGGUGAAAAGCCCUACGACUGUAAAGAGUGCGGAAAGGCCUUUGGACGCACUUCAGAACUUAUUCUCCAUCAAAGGCUUCAUACUGGUGUCAAACCCUAUGAAUGUAAAGAAUGUGGAAAAACCUUUAGGCAGCAUUCACAACUCAUUCUGCACCACAGAACACAUACAGGUGAGAAACCGUAUGUGUGUAAAGACUGUGGGAAGGCUUUUAUUCGUGGCUCACAACUUACUGUUCAUCGGAGAAUUCAUACAGGUGCCAGGCCCUAUCAGUGUAAAGAAUGUGGGAAGGCCUUUAGACAGCAUUCACAACUUACCGUACACCAGCGAAUCCAUACCGGAGAGAAACCGUAUGAAUGUAAAGAAUGUGGAAAGGGCUUUAUCCAUAGCUCAGAAGUAACUCGACAUCAAAGAAUUCAUUCUGGGGAGAAGCCCUACGAAUGUAAGGAAUGUGGGAAGGCCUUCAGACAGCACGCACAGCUAACUAGACAUCAGAGAGUUCAUACCGGUGAUAGACCCUAUGAAUGCAAGGACUGCGGGAAGGCCUUUAGUCGUAGCUCAUACCUUAUUCAACAUCAAAGAAUUCAUACAGGUGACAAACCCUAUGAAUGUAAGGAAUGUGGGAAAGCCUUCAUUCGUGUUUCACAAUUGACCCAUCAUCAGCGAAUUCAUACCUGUGAGAAGCCCUAUGAAUGUCGGGAGUGUGGAAUGGCCUUUAUUCGUAGUUCACAGCUUACCGAGCAUCAGAGAAUUCAUCCUGGCAUCAAACCAUAUGAAUGUAGAGAAUGUGGGCAGGCCUUUAUUCUUGGCUCACAACUCAUCGAACACUAUAGAAUUCAUACUGGUUAGAACGCCUCAAAAAGCUUGGGGCCAGCAGGUGGCAUGGAAGUUAAAGCUACUGGACUCAUCAUGGCUGACCAUGGUUCGAGUCCAGGACCUGGCA